CUAUUCCUCUAUUGUUUAAAUUAGAGGAUUGCCUGGCUGAGCGAACCAGAAGAGAGCGAAUAGCUCUUGCUUUUCUGGAUGGAGCAGUGAGAGUAGUGUGUAAUGGUGGGCAUAUGUGGCAGGGAGCAGGGCAUAGGGAGAAAAAAAGGAAGACGGAGAGGGAAAAAAAAUAAAACAGUACAGCAGUGGUGGUGGGUGGCCGACUGUCGUUUUGGAGCCAUUCAGCCUGCAGAGUGACACAGGCGAGGACAACAUCUACAUCACCAUUACCAGGCUGGGAAGGAAGGAAUUGUAUGGCUGAAGACUGAAGACCUUGAUGCUUGACAGGAAAUCUGGGAAUUUAAAUACUGGCUAAUGACGGCAUCAUGGGCAAGGCCGUGAGUGAGCUUGGAUGAGCUUGGGCUUGGAUGCAGAAGGAAAUGGAAUAAGGUUCAAUUGUUAGAUUCUGUGUGAUGUAUACCCUCACCUUUGUGUUUUUUAUUCCUGGCUGUCGUCGUGAUUAGGCUGUGUGUUGUUGUGUUGGUGGCAUUCUGGAGGGGCAAUUCUGAAGGCAAUUUCACCCUCCCCACCCACUGGAUAUAUGCUUCAGUCUUCAGAGGGAAUUCUUCAUUCAUUUGCUGCUAAAUCAACUGGCAGCAUGUCCUGUAUAUUGACUAUUUUAACCGUUUAUUCUUUCUGAUGAUGUUGGCAAGGUUUUGGACCUCAAGAAAAACGCAAUCCUGAAUUUUUGGAUGUUUUCUUAUGGACAUAAUUAUUUACGUUUGUUUUUUACUUUGGGAUUUUUUGUAUUUUAUUUUUUUACACCUUAUUUUUGUCUCUUAUAUUGGAUUCCUUCCUGUGACGCAUGGAGCGUUGUGGAACACAAGCUUUCUCACUGGCGGUGGACUAUUUACUUUUCUUUAAUUGUUCCAUGUGUGCCCUAGGACUGGUUUUGCCAGUAUUUGCCCACGGACUACAGACCUCUCUGUUAGUGAAUAGCCAGCCUCCUGCAAUGGCACUGAGGGAGACCAUGAGCUUAUGUCAAAGGAGCUCUUUCACUGAGAAACUUCUCUCUUUUCCACGCUCAAAGCAGUGGAAAUAAUAAACCGGACACGACAAAUUCAAUGAGACGUCUUGGCUGCAUCAAAGCUUAGCUCAACCAGUCUCCCUGGUCGCCCCCCAGUACCCCUUAACUUCCUUAAGUGGUCAAUUGGAAUUUGUCAGUGGAAGCUCUACAGUCGGUUAAGGAUAUUUUUGAAGCUCUCUGGUUUGUUAAUGUUUGGCUGAAGAGGAGGUGAAGCCAGAAUCAGAUGUGAGUGAAGGGAUGGAGAUUGCUACACGAUCCAAAGUGUCCGAUUCGGCAUCGGUGGAGCGCACUGCCAAUAAGCGCAAAGCACCCAGCCCACCUCAUUCUUCCAAUGGACACUCUCCAUCAGAAACUUCACAAAGCCCUGUCAGAAAGAAGAAGAAACCAGGAGCCGUCAACAGCAGCAAAGAUCAGUCCGAACUAAGACAUGGUCCCUUUUACUAUGUGAAGCAGCCCGCACUCACCACAGACCCUGUUGAUGUUGUACCGCAGGACGGGAGGAAUGACUUCUACUGCUGGGUGUGCCAUCGCGAGGGCCAGGUGCUCUGCUGUGAGCUCUGCCCGCGUGUCUACCACGCUAAGUGCCUCAAACUGGCUGCAGAGCCCGAGGGGGACUGGUUCUGCCCUGAAUGUGAGAAAAUAACUGUUGCAGAGUGCAUCGAGACUCAAAGCAAGGCGAUGACGAUGCUCACACUAGAGCAGCUGUCUUAUCUGCUCAAGUUUGCUCUCCAGAAGAUGAAGCAGCCUGGUACAGAACCAUUUCAGAAGCCAGUGUGUCUUGAACAGCAUCCAGAUUACGCAGAGUAUAUAUUUCACCCCAUGGAUCUCUGUACAUUAGAAAAGAAUAUCAAAAAGAAAAUGUACGGCUCUACUGAAGCUUUCUUGGCUGAUGUGAAGUGGAUUUUACACAACUGCAUUAUUUAUAAUGGAGGAAAUCAUAAACUCACAGCAACAGCGAAAGUUAUUGUAAAAAUCUGUGAACACGAAAUGAAUGAAAUUGAGGUCUGUCCAGAGUGCUAUCUUUCAGCGUGCCAGAAGAGGGACAACUGGUUUUGUGAACCAUGUAGUAACCCCCAUCCCUUGGUGUGGGCCAAACUUAAGGGGUUUCCAUUCUGGCCUGCCAAAGCCUUGAGGGACAAAGACGGACAAGUGGACGCGCGAUUCUUUGGACAACAUGACAGAGCCUGGGUUCCCAUCAACAACUGCUACCUCAUGUCUAAGGAGAUCCCGUUCUCUGUAAAGAAGACCAAGAGCAUCUUCAACAGUGCCAUGCAGGAGAUGGAAGUCUACGUGGAAAACAUCCGGAAAAAAUUUGCCGUCUUCAAUUACGCCCCGUUCCGUACUCCCUACACACCCGACAAUCAGUUCCAAAUGCUGCUCGACCCGGCAAACCCCGGCGCCGGCUCAGUCAAACCCGAGAAACAAGAGAAGAUCAAGUUCAGCUUCGAUAUGACAGCGUCGCCGAAGAUUCUGGUGGGCAAGAGCAUGAUAUCAGGUGGGAUUGGUGGGGGUGGAUCUGGUAGACGCAUCUCUAUGACGGACAUACCUCGUUCACCAAUGAGCACCAACUCCUCGGCCCACACUGGCUCGGACGGUGAGCAGGAAGGUGGAGAAAAGAGCCAGGCUAAAGUGCCUCUACCCCACCAGACUGGAGGAGAAGAGUCUCUCGAAAGCACGGCCUCCCCUGCUGCUCCUCGACCGGGUCCUGCAGGAAGUGCGGUGGAUAGUCCUAAACCGUUUCACUCUACAACACCCAGUACACCCAUCAAACAGGAAAAAACUCCCACCACAGGCAGCAUCCUAAACCUUAAUCUGGAUCGUAGCAAGGCUGAGAUGGACCUGAAAGAGCUCAGUGAAACCGUACAGCAGCAACAGCAGCAGCAGCAGGGUCCUCAGGCCUCCCUCACAUCCCCUAAGAGGCAAAUCAGAAGCCGCUUCCAGCUCAACCUCGACAAAACCAUUGAAAGCUGCAAAGCACAGCUAGGUAUCGAUGAGAUAUCUGAAGAUGUGUAUAAAGGAGUAGAGCACAGCGACUCAGAAGACUCAGACAAGUCUGACUCCAGCGACAGCGAAUACGCCAGCGAUGAUGAACAGAAACCAAAAAGUAGCCAGGAGUCCAGCGCUGACGACAAAACAGAGAAAGAACCAUCGAAAAAGAAGCCCAAAAUAUCGCCGCCUGCUGAUGAAAACAAGGACAGCAGCAGCACAGAAGUUUCGGCGACUCCAAUCACAACCACCAAAAGUGAGACUCUGCCGAAAACAAAAGCUAGCAUCUCUCCAGCGAAGGAGAAACCAGUUAUUGAACCGGAAAAAGAAGUGCCCAAAACGGCACCAGCUUCCGCAAGUCCAAAAGAGAAGCCCAAGCUUGCAGAAGAAGCCAGGCAUCCUGCGUCCGUGGACGUGGACAUGGACUCGGACUCGGAGAGGGAGCUAGUGAUCGAUCUGGGAGAAGAGCCGGGAGGAAGAGAAAGGAAACGAGGCAGAAAAGCCUCAGCCGCUGUCACCGCACUCAAAGAACCCACAACUUCCAAGACUGAGGGUAAGGCUACAGGUAGUCUUGUCCAGUCUCAAAACGCUGCUGCCCCCUCUUCCACCACGGCCCCCAAAGACCCCUUACAGUCUUCUAUGGCCGUUCCUCUGAAUGUAGCGACUGUCCCCGCUGUUCCAAGCAACACCUCCACCCUCUCCUCCUCUGCACCUCUCAACACCACCCCCUCCACAGCCCCGGCCUCCUCUUCUACCCCCACCGGCACAGUCAAAAAACAGCGCCCCCUGCUGCCCCGGGAGACCGUUCCAGUGGUGCAGAGGGCCGUGGUGUGGAACCCCACUGCAAAGUUCCAGACGUCAUCUCAAAAGUGGCACAUGCAGAAGGUGCAGCGGCAGCAGCAGAGCCAGGCGCAGCCGGCCACGCAGGCGCAGGUGUUAUCGCAGGCACAGCGCAGCCAGCUGCAGCCAGCGCAGGCCUCAUCGUCCUCGCCAGCGCAGCAGCCUUCAUCGAGCACACGAUAUCAGACUCGACAGGCUGUGAAAGCUGUGCAACAGAAAGACCCGCCACACAGCACCUCCACCUCCUCCAUCACCCUGGUCACCAGCGCCCCAGUGUCUGCAGCCGUAAUGGCGGGUGCCACCGUCAGUUCUUCCUCGUCAUCCACGUCCACCACGGCUGGAGAUCUACAGAUCCCCACUACCUCCGCAGAUGUGGCUGCUGAUAUUGCAAAAUACACCAACAAAAUCAUGGACGCAAUCAAAGGGACAAUGACUGAAAUUUACAACGACCUCUCCAAGAGCACCUCAGGAAAUACAAUAGCAGAAAUUAGACGGUUACGGAUUGAAAUAGAAAAGUUGCAGUGGCUACAUCAGCAGGAGUUAUCAGAGAUGAAGCACAAUUUAGAGCUGACCAUGGCAGAGAUGAGGCAGAGUCUGGAGCAGGAGCGAGAGCGACUGGUUGCGGAGGUAAAGAAGCAGAUGGAGAUGGAGAAGCAGCAGGCCGUGGACGAGACCAAGAAGAAGCAGUGGUGUGCCAACUGUAAGAAGGAGGCCAUUUUCUACUGCUGCUGGAACACAAGCUACUGUGACUACCCCUGCCAGCAAGCCCACUGGCCAGAACACAUGAAGUCCUGCACACAGUCCGCAACAUCGUCACAACAAGAACCAGAGACAGACUCCAGCACAGACGCCACCCCUAAAGGCUCUGGGCAUCCUAACAACGGUCAGGACUCUCCGCGAGAGACGGCAGCAGCUCCUCCCACAGAAAAGGACAGCGACGUGGACAAACCCAAGGACAUGGUCACUGUCAGUCUGUCGUAGCUCAGACACAGAAACUCUGCCUACAUACAGCACUUACACCUGCAAACCUGUACAGAAAACAUAGCUGAAUCCUUCACUACAGCAGAAUAUCCUUUAUUUUGUGUUUAUCGUCUUGCCAAAUUGUGCUUGGAAUUUUGGGAGGCUGAUUUUACUUUUAUCUAUCAGUAAAAAGUUUCAAUCCCAAGUUCCAGACUUGCCAGUUAUACACACAAACUGUGCCACACAAACCGUCUUUAGGCCUAGCAUUAAAACAACCAGAUAAUCAGACCUCUGCAGUUAGAUGUUUAAGCUGAUUCUGGGUGCUUUAGGACUCCAUAAGUUCAUUCUAACUGAUUUAUUUGAUUCGGAUUUGUUUGAGAUAGCAUAUUUAGCAUUUUAUAAAUUGUUACAUUCUAAAUAUAUCAAAAUAUCUGCAUUACAAUAAACAUCAUUAUUAAAAUAUGGUUGCAACAAACAUUAGUAAAAGCUUAAACAAAUGUUUUAUUUGUGUACAUCUCUAGUAUAUUUGUAAUGUAUAUCAGAGAAUAUAUAUAUUACUUGCUCAUUGUUUUCUUAAAGAAGAAAUCCGGUGUAAAAUUGACUUGGGUUAUAGUAAAACAGGAUAAGGAUUACAAACUUUUGUUUAAUAGCCUACCACCGUUCACCCACAACAUUUUGAAAUACAGCGCUUUUAGCCAAAGCUUCCAACAGGCUUACAAUGCUAGUGUUGUCCAUGCAAACCAUUAAACCAUUAAGAAGCUCAAAGUAGCUCCACACUUCAUUGGUAGAAUUCUGAGGGAUCCUGCUCUCUCUCACAUUAUUUCUGCAUGAUUUAAAUAUAUUACUUCAUUAAUGCCAAAAGAAUGUAAAUGACAGUCAAAUAUAGACCAGAUUUUAUUCAUAUGGAAAUAAUACAAGCAUUUCAAUCAAAUAAAUGUGUAAGAUUUUCAGAUGGCGGUGAUUUCACAUGCUCAUAUGUGCCUCAUGUAUAGCUCAACAAAUGCUUUACUAAAUCAUUUCACUUAAUGUCACUCAAUGCCUCAUAGAAACUUGUGGAGGCCUGAGCAUCCAGAAUCAGCUGUGAGACAUGUAGAAACUGGUCUGGGUGGCAAAUAAUUAGCACCCGUUGUAAUUCAUGGUUGCAUGGUGUAUCACAGACCUGAAGCGAUACAUAUCUUUCACUGUGAAACGGGUUGCGGUGAAACAGCAGUUACAAAUUACUAUGUUACAUUUCCACAUUACACACAGUUUCUAUUCUUUCCUAAUAUAACAAACUUUCUAUAAGGGUGGAUUAAAGUAUGGGGUUUCAUUUUUAUUUUUUACAGUUUAUAGAUUUUAAAAAGACAAAUGCUGGUUUAUAUACAUAUUUAUGUUAAUUUAACUUUCUGUUUUUUUUCUCUUUGUUGUUUGGUAAUAUGAACCUCUGAAGACUAUAUUUUAUUUUGCCUAUGCAUCGUUCACUAAGACCAUUUUAAAAUCUUGUUGUUUUUUUUAAAUGCUUUUUUGGAAAAAGAAAAAGGAUUCACCACUGUCUGUUUAGAUUAGCGGUUAAUGUUCUGACAUGUUAUAUUGGAGGGUUGUUUUAUGUUUUGAAUCAAACUGUAUUUAAUCUGUUCAGCAUGAUACAAAUUUACUGUAUCGCUAGAAAUCAGUCUGAUUGAUGUUUGUAAUUCUAAACUGUAAUUUUGUUUCUGCCUUCGUCCACACUCACUUCAUUGUUGUUUUCAGUGUGCUGUUCUGUUUGAGUGUCUGGUCCUUCUCUGAUUUUCUUUCACAGUUAUAUAUAUACAGCUCUGGGAAAAAAAAUAAGAGACCACUUCAGUUUCUGAAUUAGUUUUACUGAUUUUGCUAUUUAUAGGUAUAUGUUUGAGUAAAAUGAACAUUGCUGUUUUAUGUCUACAGACAACAUUUCUCCCAAAUUCCGAAUAAAAAUAUUGUCAUUUAGACACAUAUGAGAAAAUGGCUGAAAUAACAAAAAAGAUGCAGAGCUUUCAGACCUCAAAUAAUGCAGAAAACAAGUUCAUAUUCUUAAAGUUUUAAAAGUUCAGAACAUAAUAUUUGGUAUUUCGAAUAACCCUGGCAUGUUCUCCUCCACCAGUCUUACACACUGCUUUUGGAUAACUUAAUGCCACUCCUGGUGCAAAAGUUCAGUUUGGUUUGAUGGCUUGUCAUUAUUCAUCUUCUUCUUGAUUAUAUUCCAGAGGUUUUUAAUUUGGUAAAAGAAAACUCAUCAUUUUUAAGUGGUCGCUUAUUUUUUCCAGAGCUAUAAAUAUAUAGUGUUCAUCAUUGAUGAGACUACAGUGAUACUUAACAUUUUCUUUUGCGAGUGUAGUUUUUAAUUCAUCAUUCCAUAACAGCUCUGAAAGUAGUUUCCACUGGGCCUACAUGCUGAUCAAACUGGUAACCAAAUAUAAGACACUGUAUAAAACUGCUCUGUUGUUUAUUAUAUAACUCCAUUUAUUUAGAUUUUUGAAGAAUAAUAACCAGAUACAGACAAUAUCUCCCUUUCAGCGGACUCUAUAAUGUUACAUUGACUGUUGACUGUUGAUAAUACGUACAUUAUUCAUAAUGCUAAAAAAGAGAAACAUGUCCAGAGGAUUCGCUGUAUAUACCACAAGAAAAAAAACAAAUGUUUACAUAUUGUAUAUAAAUAAAGAUUUGGUGGUCUUAAUGUUU